GUGUCUCUAUACUUUUUACCAGUGAGUGUAGAUGCGAAUGGAACGGUUGCGGAAAGCAAUUUACACAGCGUUCAGCUUUAAAUGUCCAUUAUCGCACACAUACAGGUGAGAGUCCACAUAUUUGUGAAUAUCUCAACUGUAAUAAGUCAUUUAGCGACUCUACGUCAUUGGCGCGUCAUCGUAGAACUCAUACAAAGAAAAAGGCCUUAUGUGUGUCCACAUUCCGGAUGUGGCAAGACAAUUACCCAUCGAACCAUUCUCAAAGAUCUCAUGAUCCUCAUUGGAAAGAAUAUAACACGUAA